AUGAAUUAUAGAAAUCAUACCACAAUAACAGAAUUUAUCCUUGCUGGACUUUCGGAGGAUCCUGAACUCCAACCCUUUCUGUUUGCUGUGUUUUUUUCUAUUUAUGUAAUUACAGUGAGUGGAAAUAUAUGCAUAAUCCUUGCAUAUAAUUUGAGUUCAAAUCUACACAACCCUAUGUACUUCAUUCUCGCCAAUUUUGCCUUUGUCGAAAUAUGUUACGUUUCAGUCAUUUCUCCAAAAAUGUUGGAAAUGUUUCUAGCUGACCGUAAAACAAUCUCUUUCUAUUGCUGCGCUUUUCAGUUGUACUGCACGUUCCUUUUUGGCACAACCGAGUGCAUUAUACUGGCAGUUAUGUCAUAUGAUCGAUAUAACGCCAUAUGCCGUCCACUUUUAUAUAAUACUAUAAUGAAUAAAAUAAAUUGCACUCAAUUUAUAGCAGGAUCAUGGUUUAUGGCUUCAGUAAACGCUUUUUUGCAAACUGUGUUUACAUUCACUUUGCCGUUCUGUGAUGAUAAUAUGAUUAAUAGUUUUUUUUGUGAUAUUCCUCCACUACUGAAAUUAGCUUGUGCAGAUACAUGGGUCAGUGAACUUGUAACAUAUUUUGUCGGGGGUUCUCUUGGAGUUGGUCCAUGUAUUUUGAUAAUGGUUUCAUACAUACAGAUCAUCUUAACCGUUCUAACAAUCCAUUCAAGUUCUGGGAGGAAGAAAGCAUUCUCGACCUGCACCUCGCAUUUUCUAGUUGUUAUCAUAUUUUAUGGUUCUAUUUUUUUUGUCUAUUUGACACCACAAUCAAGUGAGUCAGUGUAUCAGAACAGAUUGACCUCUGUAAUGUAUACGAUUAUUGCCCCAUUAUUAAAUCCUUUCAUAUACAGUCUAAGAAAUAAGGAUGUAAAAAUUGCUAUUUUAAAGAUAAUUAAUCAAAAUGUGGCUUGCCAAAGGAAAUAA